AGCCAUAGACGCAGCCACCGGCACAACCCCAAUCCCUGCUACUGCUGCGGCUCCUCCGGGCACGGUCCCUGCGCCGACACCCUGGAGGUUGGGAUGCUCUUGUCCAAAAUCAACUCGCUUGCCCACCUGCGCGCCGCGCCCUGCAACGACCUGCACGCCACCAAGCUGGCGCCCGGCAAGGAGAAGGAGCCCCUGGAGUCCCACUACCAGGUGGGCCCGCUACUGGGCAGCGGCGGCUUCGGCUCGGUGUACUCAGGCAGUGUCUCCGACAACUUGCCGGUGGCCAUCAAGCAGGUGGAGAAGGACCGGAUUUCUGACUGGGGAGAGCUGCCCAGUGGCACCCGAGUGCCUAUGGAAGCGGUCCUGCUGAAGAAGGUGAGCUCGGGCUUCUCCGGCGUCAUUAGGCUCUUGGACUGGUUUGAGAGGCCCGACAGUUUCGUCCUGAUCCUGGAGAGGCCUGAGCCGGUGCAGGACCUCUUCGACUUUAUGACGGAAAGGGGGGCCCUACAAGAGGAGCUGGCCCGAAGCUCCUUCUGGUAGGUGUUGGAGGCGGUGCGGCACUGCCACAACUGCGGGGUGCUCCACCGCGACAUCAAGGACGAGAACAUCCUUAUCGACCUCAAUCGCGGCGAGCUCAAGCUCAUCGAUUUCGGGUCAGGGGCGCUGCUCAAGGACACCAUCUACACGGACUUUGAUGGGAGCCGAGUGUAUAGUCCUCCAGAGUGGAUCCGCUACCAUCGCUACCAUGGCAGGUCGGCAGCUGUCCGGUCCCUAGGGAUCCUGCUGUACGAUACGGUGUGUGGAGAUAUCCCCUUUGAGCACGACGAAGAGAUCAUCAGGGGCCAAGUGUUCUUCAGGCAGAGGGUUUCUUCAGAGUGUCAGCAUCUCAUUAGAUGGUAUUUGGCCCUGAGACCAUCAGAUAGGCCAACCUUCGAGGAAAUCCAGAAUCAUCCGUGGAUGCAAGAUGUCCUUCUGCCCCAGGAAACUGCUGAGAUUCAUCUUCACAGCCUAUUGCCUGGGCCCAGCAAAUAG